UGAUAUUAUUUUAGACGAAAUUCUCAAAAAGUUAUUUCGCCAUUGAAAAUAGUCUCUAACCUUAACCCUUUCCUCGCUGCUCACUCAGUCCACUUCUCUCUUACCGCCGCCGCCGCCGCCGGGACCAUCGUUGCCGACGUUGCCACCGUACCUCACCGGACCCUCGAUGUCACUCGAUCUGUCUCGUCUUUCAGUUUCCUCGGUUCCUCGCCUCUCGUUCGCUGGUCACCGGCGGCGGGAGUUUCGCCUGAAAGGACAAUUCUGCAACAGAUCGACGGUUAGGUGUUCCAUGAAGUCUUACAGAUUGUCCGAACUUAGUUUUUCUGAGGUAGAGAAGCUAAAGGCUCGCCCACGCAUCGACUUCUCAUCAAUUUUCAGCACAGUUAACCCGAUUAUCGACUCUGUUCGAAGCAAAGGAGAUGCUGCAGUCAAAGAAUACACUGAAAAGUUUGACAGAGUUCAACUAAGUAAUGUUGUUGAAGAUGUGUCUGAACUUCCUGUUCCUGAGCUUGACAAAGCAGUUAAAGAAGCAUUCGAUGUUGCAUAUGACAACAUAUAUGCAUUUCACUUGGCACAAAAAUCAACCGAUAAAAGCGUCGAGAAUAUGAAAGGUGUCAGAUGUAAAAGGGUACCGAGAUGUAUUGGUUCUGUUGGUCUUUACGUUCCUGGUGGAACAGCCGUUUUGCCUUCAACUGCUCUGAUGCUUGCAAUUCCUGCUCAAAUUGCUGGAUGCAAGACAGUUGUUCUUGCAACACCACCAGCUCAAGAUGGCAGCGUCUGUAAGGAAGUGUUAUAUUGUGCCAAGAAGGCUGGUGUAACUCACAUACUUAAAGCCGGGGGAGCACAGGCUGUAGCUGCCAUGGCUUGGGGAACUGAUUCUUGUCCUAAGGUCGAGAAGAUUUUCGGUCCUGGAAACCAGUAUGUUACUGCUGCUAAGAUGAUUCUUCAGAACAGCGAGGCGAUGGUUUCCAUUGAUAUGCCAGCCGGCCCUUCAGAAGUCUUAGUCAUAGCUGACGAGCAUGCCAGUCCAGUUCAUAUUGCAGCGGACUUGCUUUCUCAGGCUGAGCAUGGUCCAGAUAGUCAAGUUGUCCUUGUUGUUGUUGGGGAUCUUGUAGAUGUGAAAGCCAUUGAAGAAGAGAUAACCAAACAGUGCAAAAGCCUUCCUAGAGGAGAGUUUGCUUCUAAAGCUCUAAGUCACAGUUUCACAGUCUUUGCCCGAGAUAUGAUCGAGGCAAUAUCCUUCUCAAACCUAUAUGCACCCGAGCAUUUGAUUGUUAAUGUCAGAGACGCUGAGAAAUGGGAGGGCCUCAUCGAGAAUGCUGGGUCUGUGUUUUUAGGGCAGUGGACUCCGGAAAGUGUCGGGGACUAUGCGAGCGGGACAAACCAUGUUCUUCCAACCUAUGGUUAUGCCCGGAUGUAUGGGGGAGUUUCUCUGGAUUCCUUCCUCAAGUACAUGACCGUACAAUCCUUAACAGAGGAAGGUCUGAGAAAUCUUGGUCCUUAUGUGGCAACAAUGGCGGAAGUCGAAGGUCUAGAAGCUCACAGGAGAGCAGUGACACUCAGGCUCGAAGAUAUCGAAGCCAAACAACUAGCCUGAACUAAAAUGAUUCUGCCUUUCGAGAAUCAGAUUCAGGCAGAACAUGUGUAUUGGAUUCGGUUGUGUUGCAAAGGCAGUGAGUUCCCGACUCGUGGGAACUGAUUUGGUUCUUUAGAUUUGGAUUUUGGAUUUGAACCGUAAGAUCGUUGGGUACGUCUUAUUUGAUGAAUCUAAAAUAUUGUGGAGAAAUAAUGUGGGAGGAGGUGUGCGUUAGAAACUCCUGUAAUCAUGGUUAAAAUUAUAA